AUGGGUCAGACAGUGCGCCCAGAUCAGAGACCUGUGUGCAGGACAUCAUGCUGCCACAAAAAACAUAAAUCGGGCUAUCAGAAAAAGAAAUAGAGGAAACAAAAAGAAAGAUGGCAGAACGAGGGGAAGGAGCUGCUGACUGCUUUCUUUCCCUAAGGGGCCCACUGACAUUGAGAGUGUACAGGGCCCAGAAUUUGGUGCUACACCCCUGGCUGGAUGUGCAGCUUUCUUCUCUCUGCACGCACUGUCCAUCCGACAGAACUAGUCCAGACAUGAGCAACGUCAAUCUGAUCUUCUGGGACCAGUUGCAAGCUGGCAGCUCCGAAGUGGACUGGUGUGAAGGCAAUUACCUUAUUUACCCCAGCAUCGCUGAAUUUUACAACACGAUCAGCAACAUUUUGUUUUUUGUUUUGCCACCGAUAUUAAUGUGCUUGUUCCGCCAAUAUGCAAAACAUUUCAACAGUGGGAUUUACCUCAUAUGGAUUCUGCUGGUUGUGGUUGGAAUUGGAUCAACCUACUUUCACGCCACCCUCAGCUUUAUCGGCCAAAUGCUGGAUGAGUUGGCCAUUUUGUGGGUGCUCAUGUGUGCCAUUGCCAUGUGGUUCCCCAAGCGGUACCUGCCCAGGACGUUCAGGAGAGAUCGGUCCCGGUUUAAAGUGGUCAUUGGCGUCUUGUCAGGGAUCACCACCGGGUUGGCCUUCGUUAAACCGGUCAUCAACUCGCUGUCACUCAUGACUCUGGGCAUCCCCUGCACGGUGCUGCUCAUCACCGAGCUGAAAAGGUGUGAAAACCCACGUGUGUUUAAGCUCGGCCUGAUCUCCGGGAUCUGGUGGGCGCUGGCUCUGCUCUGCUGGAUCAGUGACAGGAUAUUCUGCGAAAUGUGGUCCUCCGUUAACUUUCCCUACUUACACUGCGCCUGGCACAUCCUCAUUUGUCUGGCCUCCUACUUGGGCUGCGUUUGUUUCGCCUACUUUGACGUUGCCACCGAGGCUCCGGAGCGAGGCCCCGUCAUCAUGUUCUGGCCCAAUGAGAAGUGGGCCUUCAUCGGCGUGCCAUAUGUUUCCUUACUCUGUGUCCAAAAGAAAUCAACUAUCAAGGUGACUUAGAGUGGCGCGGCGGCGCCGCUGUCCUGCAGCUUCUACGGCAACAAGACACUGCAGCACGUCUUUGAGUCGUGCUGCUUUCACUUGCUGCUUCUGUGACUUGGGGAUGUUUUUGAUGCGCAUUUGGAUUCUCCUGCCUUGGUCUGGACUUGGAACUGUGACAUCGCAGCGUUCUUGAAAAACUGGGGUGUCACUAAUGUGUCAGAGGGUUACUUUAAAAAAAAAAAAAAAAACAUAUCAAAGCUAUUAAACCUUUACAGUGUUCCAUGGAUUCUCAGGCGUUGUAUGAGACAUCAUGUUAUGUCACAAAAGAACCACACUAUUACUGUUAUGCAUUGAAGACUUUUUCAAGGGAAGGGUUCAGUACAUUUCACGAUUUUUAGAAAACCUCCUUAUAAAUGCCUUUUAUAAGCAUUAAUAGAGCAUCUUAUAGGUGCAGUCUGGCCAUUUUAAAACCAUGUUUAGGAACAGUUAAGCACUGGAAUAAUUAACUGUGACUAAUGAAAAACUGAAAAUGCACAGCUCAGCCAAUCAUGUAACACUCAGUGAAGGAAGGAAAUUGUUCAGAUGUUAAAAAAACGUGAAGGUAAAUAACACAUAGCCUUAAGCUGUUCUAAAACUGCCCUCUGUGCUGACAGGUUUAUUUUUUGAAAUGUGUCAGAAACGCUUUGGACUUGAGUUGUGUUUUAUGUUCAGCAUGCUACUGUGAUUCUUCAAAAUAAUGUCAGAGAAUUGUGCUUUAAUGUAUUACUGUGUAUAUUUUGUUAACCAGCAGUGUAAUAUGUAGUUAUUUUCCUUAGAAACUAAUAUUAUUAUUUUAUUCCUUAAUAACUAGGUACCUUGUAAUAGUGGCUAACACCCAAGAUAAAAGCUUUUAGACAAGAACUGAAUUUCAGAACAUGAAUAAUACUUAUUUAGUCAAAAAAUUAACCUGCUAAUGUUCAGCUAUUGAAGCUCCAAUGUUUUCUGUUUUUGUUUUUUGUUCUUUUCGCUCAGACACGUGAAGUUGUUCUUCAGUUUUGUGAUGAAGUAUUUAAACAAUGCAAAAAGGAAACCUCGACCAAGCAAGAUAAUGGAUUGCAAAUGGAAGUGAAGAUGGAAGUUUUGUGAGGGGCAGUACUUGCUUAGUUUGCUUUGAAACUGCUCUAAAAAAAAAAAAAAAAACAUUUCUAAUCUGGCGAGUCACUAAUAGCACAUAUGUUGAAUUAUUUUUUAUCUAUGACCUAAAAACCAAAGCUAAUUUAGAGGAUGUCUUUGGAGAAAGGGAAAAAAAAUGUAUGCAUAAUAUGAAAGGAAUGUAUUCUGGGUUGUAAUCCAAAUUGUACACCUUAAAAGACAAGGUAUUUCAAAGAUUUUUCUCAUCAAAGCUUUGUGGGACAUGUUGAAAACAGCUUCAAGCUGUUAAACUAUUUUUUUUUUAAUGAUUAUUAUUUUAAAUUCCUGUUCACCUGCAAAAGCUUCUGGGAACUCAAACCACUAACAUAAGCUGUACUGUCACGAAUGAGGGAGUUGAAGAAAGGGUCGUGAUUUACACAGCGAGCUGUUUUACAGAGAUAUUUAUGCAAUAUUUGUUAACAUGAAGUGUUUUGUAAAGUGAAAAGAAAUUAUAAUAAUAAUGUUUUUUUCUUU